AUUGCACCAGCCUACAGGUCCAGGAAAAAAAUGGCGGCCGUGUCAAGCUCGUGCUCCUUCCUUUCUUGUGUAGGUUUUCAGAUUGGAGCCCCUGAAGCCCAUCGCCAAAGUCUGGCUGGGACGCAAAUGCAAGGGGCAGUCUGCCCUCAGUUACAUGUUUGGGGGGGAAGAAGAAAGCUACAUAGUGGUCAUACUGGUCGCUUCUCCAAUCCCGUGGAAGCAGGUUGUCCAAGCUCUGCAGCACCAAAUGCUUCUUCCUCAUUCGAGCUGAGGAGUCAACGGCACGUACUUGUUCACACACGCAGCUCUUUAGGGAAACCCAGCAACCCUGCUACUUCUUCUCAACACAUGUCCGCAGGGGAGCAUUGGUGGGGUUUUACGUGCAGACUGAACGUGUGGCCUGAUCAAAACUUCUUCAAAUUAGGGCUGGGGGAAAUGAGAAAAUGCUCUAGGGUGGUGCUAUGCAGUGCGGGCGAUUCCCCAGGCUUCAACAAUUCAAUCAUUGAGCAAGAAGCAUUUGAGUUGUCCAAGCUGUUCGCGACGCUGGGGCCGUUACAGGCCAAGUACUUUGACUUUGACCUGGAGGGGAAGAAGAUCUUCUGUGCGCAAAUGGAGGCGUUUGUAGAAAAGCUGCAAGUGUUCACAACGAGGUACCGCCUCAUGGACGACCCCACAGCCAAAGAGUACAUUCGGCGGCUAGACGCUAUGAUGCUCGAGGCGGGAACCAACUCAAACAAUGCGAUGGAGAACAUGCGCCAGGUGAUUGCGAGGAUGCAGGAGGACAUCAGCAACCAAGAGAAGCUGGGGGCAAACUACCAACGGCCACACUUUGGGCCUGCUUCCAUCUUCCGGCCAGAGUUCAGCGAGCUGUGCCAACGGGACCCGGAGGUGCAAGCGGCGAUGGCCGACCCCCUCAUCAUGAAAGCUGUGCAGGAUGUAGUGGCAAAUCCCGCCAACGUAACUCGGUAUGCGGACAACCCUCGUAUCAGCAAGUUCUUCCAGAAAGUCAUCGAUCCUCGGUGGCUGGGCCAAGAGGGGAGCUAGUUCUGCCGUAAAGUCUCCAUGAAAGAAACUAUUUGUACAGUCGGAAGUUUUACAGCUGCUACAUCCUUCCCUACCUUCAAUUUGUCGCAAUGACUGCCCAAGUAAGUAAGUUUGGUGCUAGCAGAUUUGGAUCCUCUGAACAAGCAACGUAUUCCAAUGUUGCAGUGCUUCUAAACUGGAUCUGGCACCUGGACACAACGCCACCUCGGCAAGCACUGCUUAUAGGAAGACUUAGGCCGUCGAGAGGAAGACACUAAUGUAAAGCCUUUCUCACGAUUUUGCCCUUGGAUGCACCAAGUCUUCUGGCCCGGGAGGGAUGGUUUCAGCCUUAUGCAAUUUGAAGCGCGGC